GCUGCGCAGCUGCAAGAGAUAAACCAGAUACUGUGGCAAGCGGAAGUUGACAUUGAAAACAUCGAAGAUAUGUUGAUUCGGCUGCAGCAGCCGAACGCCUUCGGGUCUGUUGCCGUCUCUGACGCUCUCGCUAACCUCAACCAACUCCUCCACGGCCAAGUCCGCUCCUGGGGAGACCAACUGGCUUCUCUGCUUGAAGGCGUCCUCAGCAGCGGCCCCACCUCCCAAAUGAACAGAGCAGCCUCUGUCUCCUCCGACUGCAGCCUCGACACAGAUUUCCCCUGA